UCACUGCGUCUUCCCCAUAACAGCUUCCUCCUGUGGCUGUUACCUGCGUCCAUUCUUUGUACAAUGUCGAAAACUCUGAAGGAGCUGGAUUCUAUCAAGAGCAGUCUGAGCUGCAGCAUCUGCUUUGAAAUAUUCAGCAGCCCUUUAAGUCUUCUUUGUGGACACACGUUCUGCCAGAAAUGUAUCCAUGCGCACUGGGAUUCCCCAAUUCCUGUACCCGAUACCUUCAACUGUCCUACCUGCAGGGAAAACUUUGCCCAGCGGCCAGAACCCCAAAAAAAUGUUAGCCUGCAAAAGGUGGUGGACGAUUAUAAAGAACUGGAGCAGCAAAGGUUUCUGGUGGCAGCGGCACCAGAAAGUGGACCGAAGGGAGUUAAGACCGUGUGCCAGGACCACAAUCAAGAAUUGAUUUCAUAUUGCUGCACAGAGAAACGGUGCAUAUGCUACAAGUGCAUGAUGAAACGCUGCCGCAAUCAUGAUCUGCAGGAGAUAGAAGAGCAAAGUGAGAAAGAGAGGAGGAAUCUCCGGAAUGAUUUUGAAUGCAAUGGCCGCCAGAAAGAGAUGACAGAAAAAGAGAUUAAGGACUGGAAUAGUAAAAGUCAGCAGUUUAAGGAAUUCCAUACUACCCUGGUGUCCAGAGUGAUGACCAAGUUUGACCAAGUGCGGAAAACAGUGGAGGAAUGUCAGAAGCUGGUUGUGGAGUCUGUAAGGUAUGAAGAGAAAGAAGCAUUGGCCCAGGUUUCUGGCCAUCUUCAUCUUCUACAGCAACAUCUU